AUCAGACUCAGGAAUCGAAAGAUGGCGAAAUUCAUCGUGCUUCUCGCAGUUCUGGCCAUUAGCUUCCAAGCUCUGGCAAAGCCGACGUUCAAUACCAAAAAUGACUCUAAUUAUACCAGUCAAAACAACGAUGAAUACCAUGGUUCUCCGGCACCGGACGAUGACGAUAAAACUGUUGUUGUUGUCACAGUGAUAACUGCAUCUGGUGAGGAUAACAAACCUAAAAAUCAAGAUGGCAUCGAAAGAUCCUCCGAGCAAACAAAUUCGGAAUCGAGCUCUUCUUCUGACGCAUCGGACAGCCAAACCGCCGAGCAAUCAAAUUCGGGAUCGAGCUCUUCUGACGCAUCGGACAGCCAAACCGCCGAGCAAUCAAAUUCGGAAUCGAGCUCUUCUUCUGACGCAUCGGAUAGCCAAACCGCCGAGCAAUCAAAUUCGGGAUCGCGCUCUUCUGACGCAUCGGACAGCCAAACCGCCGAGCAAUCAAAUUCGGGAUCGAGCUCUUCUGACGCAUCGGACAGCCAAACCGCCCAGCAAUCAAAUUCGGAAUCGAGCUCUUCUUCUGACGCAUCGGAUAGCCAAACCGCCGAGCAAUCAAAUUCGGGAUCGAGCUCUUCUGACGCAUCGGACAGCCAAACCGCCGAGCAAUCAAAUUCGGAAUCGAGCUCUUCUUCUGACGCAUCGGAUAGCCAAACCGCCGAGCAAUCAAAUUCGGGAUCGCGCUCUUCUGACGCAUCGGACAGCCAAACCGCCGAGCAAUCAAAUUCGGGAUCGAGCUCUUCUGACGCAUCGGACAGCCAAACCGCCCAGCAAUCAAAUUCGGAAUCGAGCUCUUCUUCUGACGCAUCGGACAGCCAAACCGCCGAGCAAUCAAAUUCGGAAUCGAGCUCUUCUUCUGACGCAUCGGACAGCCAAACCGCCGAGCAAUCAAAUUCGGAAUCGAGCUCUUCUUCUGACGCAUCGGACAGUCAAACCGCCCAGCAAUCAAAUUCGGAAUCGAGCUCUUCUUCUGACGCAUCGGACAGCCAAACCGCCGAGCAAUCAAAUUCGGAAUCGAGCUCUUCUUCUGACGCGUCGGACAGCCAAACCGCCGAGCAAUCAAAUUCGGAAUCGAGCUCUUCUUCUGACGCAUCGGACAGCCAAACCGCCGAGCAAUCAAAUUCGGGAUCGAGCUCUUCUGACGCAUCGGACAGCCAAACCGCCCAGCAAUCAAAUUCGGAAUCGAGCUCUUCUUCUGACGCAUCGGACAGUCAAACUGCCCAGCAAUCGAAUUCGGAAUCGAGCUCUUCUUCUGACGCAUCGGACAGCCAAACCGCCGAGCAAUCAAAUUCGGGAUCGAGCUCUUCUGACGCAUCGGACAGCCAAACCGCCCAGCAAUCAAAUUCGGAAUCGAGCUCUUCUUCUGACGCAUCGGACAGCCAAACCGCCGAGCAAUCAAAUUCGGGAUCGAGCUCUUCUGACGCAUCGGACAGCCAAACCGCCCAGCAAUCAAAUUCGGAAUCGAGCUCUUCUUCUGACGCAUCGGACAGUCAAACCGCCGAGCAAUCAAAUUCGGAAUCGAGCUCUUCUUCUGACGCAUCGGACAGCCAAACCGCCCAGCAAUCAAAUUCGGAAUCGAGCUCUUCUUCUGACGCAUCGGACAGCCAAACCGCCGAGCAAUCAAAUUCGGAAUCGAGCUCUUCUUCUGACGCAUCGGACAGCCAAACCGCCGAGCAAUCAAAUUCGGGAUCGAGCUCUUCUGACGCAUCGGACAGCCAAACCGCCCAGCAAUCAAAUUCGGAAUCGAGCUCUUCUUCUGACGCAUCGGACAGUCAAACCGCCGAGCAAUCAAAUUCGGAAUCGAGCUCUUCUUCUGACGCAUCGGACAGCCAAACCGCCGAGCAAUCAAAUUCGGGAUCGAGCUCUUCUGACGCAUCGGACAGCCAAACCGCCCAGCAAUCAAAUUCGGAAUCGAGCUCUUCUUCUGACGCAUCGGACAGCCAAACCGCCGAGCAAUCAAAUUCGGGAUCGAGCUCUUCUGACGCAUCGGACAGCCAAACCGCCCAGCAAUCAAAUUCGGAAUCGAGCUCUUCUUCUGACGCAUCGGACAGUCAAACCGCCGAGCAAUCAAAUUCGGAAUCGAGCUCUUCUUCUGACGCAUCGGACAGCCAAACCGCCCAGCAAUCAAAUUCGGAAUCGAGCUCUUCUUCUGACGCAUCGGACAGUCAAACCGCCGAGCAAUCAAAUUCGGAAUCGAGCUCUUCUUCUGACGCAUCGGACAGCCAAACCGCCGAGCAAUCAAAUUCGGGAUCGAGCUCUUCUGACGCAUCGGACAGCCAAACCGCCCAGCAAUCAAAUUCAGAAUCGAGCUCUUCUUCUGACGCAUCGGACAGCCAAGCCGCCCAGCAAUCAAAUUCGGAAUCGAGCUCUUCUUCUGACGCAUCGGACAGCCAAACCACCGAGCAAUCAAAUUCGGAAUCGAGCUCUUCUUCUGACGCAUCGGACAGCCAAACCGCCCAGCAAUCAAAUUCGGAAUCGAGCUCUUCUUCUGACGCAUCGGACAGCCAAACCGCCGAGCAAUCAAAUUCGGAAUUAGAUAGCACUUCUUCACUUGAUAAGGACCAGAGUACGGUAAAUUCCAAUGGUAUCACUCGUCAGUGUACAUGCUAUUAGAUACCAUUUCAAAAAUCCUACCCUCAUAAUUCAAGAAGCUUCUUUUGGUAACUCAACUCCCGUCAAAGCUAGUAUCGUUUUGAACGGCAUCUCUUAUUCUGAUGAAAGCAACAGUUCAGAAAACAACGAUCUCUUGGAAGUUUUUUCAUUAUGUUCAUCUGUAAUGCCAGUAUUUACUGUACAUAAGGACACUAGCAAUGUGGGAACCAGAGAAACCAAAACAGCAGCCGUAUUGGAUGUUUAAACUGUUGAUAUAUCACCCUGGACGGAUUAAUUUUGAGCAUAAUCCACUUUCUAUGUAUAACCACAUUCAUUGUACGUAUCGGUUAUUAUUCGUAAAUAAAUAUUUACUAUUUGGGUUUGCAAAAAUA